AUAAUUUCAUCUUUCAAAUUUAAACCCCUUUCCUUCAUAAAUCAUACGUACCCUCUCCCCUUUUCCUUUUCGUUUUUAGGGUUUUCACUAUCUUCCAUUCCCCUUAUUAUACAAUACUAAUCAAUUCAUCAACCAAUUUCCCAUUUCAUUCUCUGUUUCUUCCUUUCUUUAUAAUCUCCAUUUCUCUCCCCGCCGUCUCUCUCUCUCUCUCUCAAUGUCUUCUUAAACCCUAAUCACUCACUCUUCUCUUAAAAAAAAAAAAAAUGUGCUCAUUACCCAUCUGGCUUCAGGCGCUUCUCACCGAGAAAUUCUUCAAUGCGUGUGUUGUUCAUGAAGAUGCCAAAAAGAAUGAAAAAAACAUCUUCUGUUUUGACUGUUCCCUCGGUAUUUGCCCUCACUGCUUAUCCUCUCACUCCUCUCACAAACUCCUCCAGAUUAGGCGAUAUGUGUAUCAUGAUGUGAUUCGAUUGGACGAUGCUACUAAGUUAAUUGACUGUGCUUUUGUACAAUCGUACACUACGAAUAGUGCGAAAGUGGUGUUUCUUAAACAAAGACCUCAGACUAGAAAUUUCAGAGGCUCCUCCGGCAACCUCUGCAGCACCUGCGACAGAAGUCUCCAAGACCCAUAUCUCUUUUGCUCUGUUUCUUGCAAGAUUGAUUAUCUAGUGAAAACACAAGGUGGGAUUUCGAAGCAUCUUCUUGAAUGCAAUUUCUUGCCAUUACCCGAACCGGGUUGGGACGACGGACUUAUGAUGACACCGGACUCCGUCCUAGAACCGGUUGGUUCGAACCGUAGUUCGUCAGGUUCCGACGGUGGUGGAACAGAAGGGAAGACUCUAGUAUCGACGGCGACGACGGAGUUUGUGAAAAAGAAGAGAAGUAGCUUGACGGCGGCGGCGGCGGCGUAUCGGGCAGCGUGCCGGCCGGUUUGCUGGCCGGGGACGAUUUCCGAGACGUCUGGGAGUUUGAUGAGCCGGAGAAAAGGUACCCCACAGCGGGCCCCACUUUAUUGAAUAUUUUUUUUCUUUUUGUUAAGGAAACAAAAAUGGUAGUAUUUGUGAAAAUGGGCAACGGAGGUUUUUGGGGACGUGGACGGCGUUUUGUGGUUUUCUCAUGGUGGUCUUUUUUUUUUUUGUAAAGGGGAGGUCCUUCUUCUUCUUGCCUUCUGAUUCUUAUUUUACAUAUCUUCACUGCCUUUUGUUAUUCAUUAUAAUUAGGCCUUUCUUUUUCUAAUUAACAGGAGGGGUGAAGAAAAAAGUAAAGGAAAUGGGUUGUUCUUUUUUGAGAGUAUCUAACUAUGUUUUCAUUAUUUUAACAAUAUCCAUAUUCCAAUUUUUAAAUCUUA